CAAACGUUUUCUGUUCUCUGAAGACUAGCCAUCAUGCCUGAUCCGUCUAAAUCGGCUCCUGCGCCCAAGAAGGGUUCCAAGAAGGCUGUUACCAAAGCUCAGAAAAAAGAUGGCAAGAAACGCAAGCGCAGUCGUAAAGAGAGUUACUCCAUCUACGUGUACAAAGUCUUGAAGCAGGUGCACCCUGAUACGGGUAUCUCCUCCAAGGCUAUGGGCAUCAUGAACUCCUUCGUCAACGACAUCUUCGAGCGCAUCGCCAGCGAGGCCUCCCGCCUGGCGCACUACAACAAGCGCUCCACCAUCACCUCGCGGGAGGUGCAGACUGCCGUGCGCCUGCUGCUGCCCGGGGAGCUGGCCAAGCACGCCGUGUCCGAGGGCACCAAGGCCGUCACCAAGUACACCAGCUCCAAGUAGAGCGCGCCCGCCGGCAGCCGUGCUUCGGAACCCAAAGGCUCUUUUCAGAGCCACCCACGUUGUUACAAAAAGAGCUUUGAACACGUUUAAUUUUCACUUUUA